GCAUUGACACAUAUUUUUUUCACGUUCUGCAGUUUUAAUCUUUUUAGUAACAUUUCUAUGGCAGGGUUUAGGUGUGCAGCCGACUUACUGCAGAUAUAAUCUUAGUUCCCGUCACUCAGAGGUCGUGAAUGUGGAUUUGAAAGUCAAGUGCACUGGUUGAAUGACUAUCAGGAUUUGAACCCAGUUUAUGGGUCAAGCGAAUUCACUAUAGGUUAACUGAUCAACAAUAAUUCGCUGAUGUUUCUGCAUGGUGCAGCUUAUCGUUUGUUAAUGAUCGCAUUAUUGGGUGGGGGCUGUUUGGGUGCAGCAGCCGGUCAGCGUCAGGAAAACACAACGAGCACCAGCAGCUCGCACAGGCAGCUUGUUUAUUUGGAACGCUCAUGCGGACGUCCGACGAUUGGGGGUUCUCUGCCAACCUCUGACAGAUUGCUCAUGGGUUCUUAAUCCAGCGUCAGACCUGUUUUAUACAGCCGCCCUCUAAAAGGAUUGGUCAUGUUAACCCACUGGGACAUGGUAUGCCAGCUGUUCCCUCCUCCUGCUGGGAUGGGUGGAGCAGGGUGGGAGGGGUGCUGGGACAGGAUCCUCUUAUCUCGGCGCCGACAGCGAGGACGAGGAGGAUGCUGAGCCCAAAGGUGCUGUAGGCGACAUAGAGGACGGGGUGUUCUUUACAGUUGGGUUUUGGAUUUUUUUUUCUCUCCAUCUGUUGAUUCUGCGUUUUCAACCCACACCUGGAUCAUCCACAUUCAUGGGUUUCUGAGGGCUGGGGGCGGCUGACGUGACAUGGCGGUGGCUCUGGACGCCGUGUGGGUGAGGGUGAAGAACGUCUGCAGGCAGAACGGUCUUCUCAUCCUCUCCGUGCUGGCCGUGGUGGUAGGGUGUCUUCUUGGCUUCUUCCUGCGAACGCGGCGGCUGUCGGAGCAGGAGGUGAAGUACUUCCAGUUCCCCGGAGAGCUGCUCAUGAGGAUGUUGAAGAUGCUGAUUCUGCCACUUGUGGUGUCCAGUUUGAUGUCAGGUUUGGCAGCUCUUGACGCCAAGUGCUCCAGCCGGCUCGGCCUUAUCACCGUGUCAUACUACCUGUGGACCACCUUUGUGGCGGUGAUAGUGGGGAUCAUAAUGGUCUCCAUCAUCCACCCGGGGGGUGCAGCUCAGAAAGAAGACUCUGAUGACAGCAGCAAGCCCAUCAUGAGUUCUGCUGACGCCCUGCUGGACCUCAUCCGCAACAUGUUUCCAUCAAACCUGGUCCAGGCCACAUUUCAACAGUAUCAGACCAGAAGCCAAGUGAUUGUGAAGCCUAAGCCCACGGUGAGUCAGGCCCAGGCGGACUCCACCACGCGGAGGCCUCUCAUCUACGGGGUCCAGGACGACAACAGCAGUGACAUGCAGAACUUUGCUCUGGACCUGACUCCGCCUCCAGAUGUGCUCGUCCGCACUCGUGAGGGAACCAGCGAUGGGAUGAAUGUGCUUGGAAUUGUCAUUUUUUCAGCCAUCAUGGGCAUCAUGUUGGGAAGAAUGGGACCAAAUGGCAGUGCCUUGGUCAACUUCUGCCAGAGUCUCAACGAGGCUGUUCUCAGGAUCGUUGCCAUAGUAAUCUGGUACUUCCCGUUUGGAAUAGUUUUCCUGGUGGCCGGAAAGAUCUUAGAGAUGAGCGACCCAUCUGCCAUGGGAAAGAAGCUGGGCUUCUACGCUGUGACCGUGGUGUUCGGGCUGGUGCUCCACGGCCUCUUCAUCCUGCCCGCCAUGUACUUCUUCAUCACCAAAAAGAGCCCCAUUGUUUACAUACGAGGAAUCCUGCAGGCUCUGCUCAUCGCCCUGGCAACAUCCUCCAGCUCGGCCACCUUACCGAUUACCUUCAAGUGCCUCCUGGAGAACAACCACAUCGACCGCCGCAUCAUCCGGUUUGUGCUCCCUGUGGGCGCCACCAUCAACAUGGACGGAACCGCUCUCUACGAAGCUGUGGCAGCAAUAUUCAUCGCACAAGUUAAUAACUAUGAACUGGACUUCGGACAGAUCAUAACUAUCAGCAUCACAGCAACAGCAGCCAGCAUUGGGGCAGCUGGGAUCCCUCAAGCCGGCCUGGUCACCAUGGUGGUAGUGCUAACGUCUGUUGGGCUGCCCACCGACGACAUAACCCUGAUCAUCGCCGUGGACUGGGCUCUGGACAGGUUCCGCACCAUGGUGAAUGUGAUGGGAGACGCUCUGGCCACAGGCAUCAUGGCUCACAUCUGCAGGAAAGACUUCAUGAAGGAGGGCGAUGGGGUGCCUCUGACCUGUGAGACCAAGAUGCCCGUCAACGCCCCACCAGUGAUGAACUGCCACAACAACAACGGAAACUAUCAGCCCCCUUCCUGUGGACUCAAACACAAGUCUGUCCCUCCAGACGUAGCCCGGCUCAUGCAGCUGGAGGAGGGGGUCCGGCAGGGUCCAGAGAAGAAAAAGCCUCCCAUCCCUCCCCGCCACCUGAAGAAGAGCAAAGAGCACUGCAGUGUGGACAUGAACGGGCUGGAGACCAACGUUUGAUGCAGACGAGCUUUAGUUGGUCACUUUCAGCACAUUUGUGCACAAAUGCAGAACAUUUUAUGGCAGCAAAAGAGAAGUUUUUUUUUCUUUUUUACUCUACAUUCAUCAUUGCCACAUUACUGCAGCUGAACUGCAGCAGGAGGAUCUCCAACUUGAACUGCAGCAUGACGAGAACAUAAACUACAACCUAACCUGUGGCAUAGAUUGCAGAGAAAGCUGCGAUAAGAAGACAUGAACUGUAAACAGCUGCAUGAACGGUAAAGUGAGCUGUGGACUCUAAUGUGCUGCACAGCGAGAAGGACCCUGAAGAGGCUACAAUGAGGAAAAAGGUUCUAUUUUAUCUCAAGUUAGAGUCAGUAUAACAUUCUGUUAUCACCGUGUUUCGUUGACGCACCAACAACUUGUAGGUGUGUGGGAUGAGGCGCAGAAUCAAUCUCUGCUUCAGCAGCACAUCAGGGGAAAAAAGCAGACAAACAACUUCAGAGUUGGUUGUCUGUCAGGGACAAACAGUUAUUUUUUUUAGGGAUGAAAGAGACCAUCAUUCGUUCUGACUGAGCGCUGACUGCUGUCUGCUGCAGAUAAGACAUUAUCACACACAAACAUAUUUAGAUAUUGGUUUGAGCCGCAGGAUUAGGAUGGGAGAAAGGAAAUGCUUUUUUUUGCCUUAAACAGUUGGAGGAUCAAGAGGCUGAUGGACAAACGGAAGAGAAUAAAGUUCUUAUGAAUGUGCUUUUAGUUUUUUUUUUUUUUGUCUAAAGAACUGCACUUCAGCUAAUGCUCAGAUUAACUUGUUUAAGAGAAGUUUAUCAGGAUAAGCAGUUCAUACUAACAAAACUUCAUGUGUUCUCACAAGCAAACAGCUUUUCCAAGUUUAUCCUGGACAGAUGAAUAUAAACCCACCGUAAUCCAACAGCUCAACCACUACUUCUGCAAUGACAAAUUUGCUUGUGAGAGAUUUUUAAGCUUAAUCAAUCAUGGAACGAUCAAAGCCUUCUAACAUGUGUAAAUGCAAGUUCAAGUUUGGCUAAAAGCUGCAUUUUGCACAUUUUUGCAUGUUCACAUUUUUUUUCCCAGUAAAAAUUUGAACUUCAAUCAACAAACCUUUCUCAGAAUAAAAACAAAGUCUGACAA